AUGCUCGACAAACUAGUGCCAGCAGCCGUUUUUGCUGGCCUGAGCACCAUUGGCCUCUGGCAUUCUGUUCCAUUGACCGGAAUCACCCCUUCCAAUUCUAUUGUUUGGCGUACCCUCAGCUCCUUUGAAAUUGCAUAUACCAUUCACGGGUUACGCCGAGUUCAUCCUUUCGUCUUCCCCCAUGACGACGCAGUCUCAGAGCACGACCUUCUCCUACAAUUUUCCCUCGAUUCUCAACAGUACAAAAAUGCCAGGCUGGCCCUGAAACACUCGGCUGAAGCAGCAUCACUGCAAAUAAAUAUUCCAGGAGUCACAGAGUCAAUUUCCAACACAAGUGACACUGUGAUGCCAAUUUCGUUCGAAUUGAACAACAGCUCGGACACUGUGAUGCCAACUUCGUUCGAAUUGAACGACAGCUCGGUGGCUGCACAAAGUGAACAAGGGCCGCAACAACCCAAUCAAGCCAACAACGACAACAGCAUGCUUUAUUUUACUAUUCUGGGUAGUCUAUUUAUUAUUAUUUGCGCAUUGCAGCUGAUGGGCCUUGUGACGGCAGGCAGAAUCAGGGAGAGCGUUGAGGACAUGCAUCACGAUUAUUUGAACCGAAUGAAGGGUAUCCAAGAACGGUUCAGCAUUUUGGUGUUAGAGAUCCGAGAACUUCGAAGGGAAAAUGAGCAAAUCCGGCCUAUUUUCGUUCAGCUCGCGCAGGCCAUUGGAGACUCCUCGAAUGACCUCCAACGUUGUUUGAUGCAUAUUGUGGGUAUGAUGGAAGACAAAUACACGUCUAGUAUGAUGGAAAUUGAUUCCAAGUUGGAAGAGGUUAGUCUACAACAUCAGGAUCUGAUGAAAAAUACUGAAAGUUUCCCUCAGAUUCCGAGGCAGUUAGCUUGGAUUAACAUACUAAUCGCGAAAACCAUGUCCGCUGACAUACUCGAUGAAUUACGUAUGGACCAGCCCGGGUUUGAUUUGAACCCUACCCCCGAGCAGAUGAAUGAAGCUUCGGAUCAGAAAGGAAAAGGAGUCCCUGUCCAGCGCAAUGGUCAGAAGGUGGCAUAG